CCACCGCCACCCGCGUGGUGACCGAUCGCAUCCCCCGCCGACCAUUAACGCUCUAGCUCGCCCCCCCGAGAGAAACCCUAGGUUCCCGCCUCCCAAAAUUGGCAGCCAUGGCUUGCUUCCAGCUUGCCAGACCUGGACUCUCGACGGCCAUCGGCCUCCGGACCGGCCGCCUGUCCCGCCGCCUUUCCGGCCCCGGUGCCCUCACCGUCCACUGCCGCCUCCAGGAGAGCAACAGCGACUCCAAUGGGGAGGAGCCGCCGGAAUCGCUUUUCAUGAAGGAGCUGAGGAGGAGAGGGAUGACGCCAACGUCGUUGUUGGAGGAGAGCAACAGGGAGUCUUCGUAUGGAUUGGGGGAGGAGGAGGAGGAGAGUGGCGCCAGGGGGAGGAGCAGGGGUCAGAUGAAGAGGAACGGGGUCGCGUCGGUGGAUUUCGAGAAGGGAAUAUCAGACCAGAGGAAGCAUUCCAUGGCGUUGAACAGUGAGGGCCUUAAGGGUUUGAUUCCACAGGCAAAACUGCUUCUAAGCAUUGGAGGCACGUUCUUUUUGGGUUUUCAGCCUCUGGUUCUGAUUACUAUCGCAUUUUUUGCAGCACUUUACUUUGAAGCAAUAUGAUGCAAAACAUUGUGGCUUCUCUUAGUUCGAAUGAGUCAUGGGGGUCUUCUAAACAGAUAAUGCUAGGAAAGACAGUGUCACACAUCCUAAAGUGCGCGGCAAAGGCUUCUAAAGUCAUAAAAAUAAAGUCAUGAAAGAGAAGGUGUCACACAUUGUAAAGUCUGCAGUAAAUGUUAUAUUCAGCACACAAGCAACACACACAAGCUUGUCUAGAUAUAUGUGCAUGUGCAGACAUAUUAUAAUUAUAUGAUGACUGAAGUACUGAAAGGUGAUGUACUCCCUUUCUUCUCUGUCUUCUCAUUCUCUUCUCUAACCGUUUUUCUAUGUUCAUAUUAUAUGGGAGUGAGAAUGGAAGAUAGAGGGGUCAAAUGUGAUAAUGAAUUAUAAUACAUUCUACUCA